UAUAAACUGCACACAGCGGCCAGAGCUCACAGCUUCAGCGGACAUCACCGUGGUGCUGAAAUCUCAGAGACGUCGCUCAUUCUCUCUCUCUCUCUCACACACACACACACACUCGCUGCGACUGGAACCAUGGACAGAUUCUCGUGGAAACUUUUUGUACUUUCUUGCCUGGUUGUUAUGGACAGCUCCGCGCAAGACUUCGGACAGACGCAGUUUAUUUGCACGUCGGUGCCCAAGGAUAUGGACCUGUGCACGGCUACGAUGCAGAACAGCGGACCGGCGGAGGACCUGAAGACCACGGUCAUGCAGCUGCGGGAGACGGUUCUGCAGCAAAAGGAGACCAUUAUGAACCAAAAGGAGACAAUCAGGGAGCUAACGUCCAAGUUGAGCCGCUGCGAGAGCCAGAGCCUCCCCGCGGCGGCGGGACCCGGCGGCAGGCGGCCAGGGUCGAAGAACACGAUGGGGGAUGUAUCCCGGGGCACCACGGACACUCUGGCCCAGCUGGGACAGACUUUACAGACGCUCAAACAGAGACUGGAGAAUCUAGAGCAAUACAGCCGAGGGAACAACACCGUGCAGGCGAACAGCCUGAAAGAUCUGCUGCAAAACAAGAUAGAUGACAUGGAGAAGCAGGUUCUCUCCCGGGUCAACACGUUAGAAGAGACCAAACCGGGCUCCAGGAACGACAGCGAGCAGCGGAACAGAGUGGAGUCCACGCUCACCUCUCUGCACCACCGGAUCACAGACCUGGAGAAAGGCAAAGACACCAGGCCCGCAGAUAAGUUCCAGCUCACCUUCCCCCUGAGGACCAACUACAUGUACGCCAAAGCCAAGAGGAGCCUCCCUGAGAUGUACUCCUUCAGUGUGUGUCUGUGGAUCAAGUCCAACGCCUCGCCUGGGGUGGGGACACCCUUCUCAUACGCUGUGCCGGGUCAGGCCAACGAGCUGGUCUUGAUCGAGUGGGGGAACAAUCCCAUGGAGAUUCUGAUUAAUGAUAAGGUUGCAAAGCUGCCGUUUCUCAUCAACGAUGGAAAAUGGCAUCACCUCUGCAUCACAUGGACCACCCGUGACGGUAUGUGGGAGGCCUUCCAGGACGGAGUGUUGCGGGGCAGUGGAGAAAACCUGGCACCGUACCAUCCCAUUAAACCAGAGGGAGUGCUGGUCCUGGGACAAGAGCAGGACACAUUGGGAGGAGGCUUUGAUGCGACACAAGCCUUCGUAGGAGAGCUAGCAAACUUAAAUAUCUGGAGUAGGAAACUUUCUACCACCGAGAUCUACAACUUGGCGACCUGCAACAGCAAAGCACCAGCUGGCAACGUCUUCUCCUGGACGGAGAGCAACAUUGAAGUAUUUGGCGGAGCGACCAAAUGGACCUUCGAGCCUUGCCGUUCGCUCAACUGAACUGCAUUUCAUCGAUCAAGAAAAAGGCCUCUCUGUAUUUCUGAGCUUUUGUCGUUCUUGUCUUCAUUUGACGUUUGUUAGAGACUAUUUGAGUUAUUGGUAAGCUUAAAUCUGGGAUUUCUAUCAUUCUUAGGUAUUUAUGUGCAAAACAACAACUUUUCAUCUUGAGGAAAAAAAAAAAAAAUCGAAUUCGUCUUGGGAACCUCAGUGAGAAAGUAUUGGUAUCUGUUGCUCCUUUUUUUUCCCCCUCCCCCCCCUCCCUCAGACGUUCCGUUAAAAGCACACCUAAGCUUUUCGUUUGGCUUAUUUCGUCUUGGACUGGCAGCUGGCAAUCUGCGCCUUAUGUUUGAACAAUUCAAUAUCCAAGUGAGGAAUUACAUAACCGCUCCCACCCCCUUCCCUCAGGAGAGUGGGAGAUUGUGCUGUCCGUCCAAUUCUUGUCAGUGUUUGGCGCUGUGAAGUGAUGUCUGACGCGGUACAGCUCCCUGCGAAGCCCAAAUUCCCACCCCCAUCCCACCCAGCCCCACCCUCCCCCCAUCCUCCUCCUCCUCCUCCUCCUUCACUCUGCCCCCACCCCUCCGGAACUUGCACUGUGACUGAUGAAGAGAACGCCAGGAGAGGAGGGUACGUUGAAGGACACUGCAAAGUCAGACUGUGGUACAAGUCAAUUUGUUCUCGUUGUUCGCUUCAAGUGUUUCUGUAAGAAUGUCGUUAACUUGCCAACAUUGCUACAAAGCCUGGGUGCCUUGGGCUGGUACAAAUAUUCAGCACAUUCAGUAUGUUUUCAGUUGCAAAUUCAGUGUUUAUUGGUUUCUGUUUUUGUUUUGUUUUUUCUGAGCUGGUUUGAGUUUCUUGUUCCUCUGGUAAAUGUAAUUUAAUUACAGUUUGUUAUCUGACAUAAUGUGUUUUGGCAGGUGUUUGUACUACUCUGUAUUAGGAAUGUUACAGUAUCUGUAUAGUAACAGCAUGAAUGACAGAGUGCUGUGAAAGCAUUGUCGAAAAUCUGCUUUACUAUCUUCUCUGGGUCUGGGUUUUUUACUGUAUUGUUAUAUGCUCCAAGCAUGGCAAAACUGAGAGAUGAAGAAUUUAAUUUUUGUAAUAAA